AUGUCAUCCACGGAUCAACGACGGAAAAAGAUUCUUGAUACACUCGAAUCAGAUGCAGAGGAAGCAUUCGGAUUCUUGGUUUCCGACGAGAAGUCGUCCACUACGCGAGCACCAGAAUCAAUGGUGGUAACACAGAACCAGCAAACUACUCCGAAGUGGGUCCAUUUUGUAGCAGGAGGUAUUGGUGGAAUGGUGGGAGCCAUUAUUACAUGUCCUCUUGAUGUGGUGAAAACCCGAUUGCAAUCCGACGUCUAUAAUGCUAGUUACAACAAAGUACCCAAGUCACACAAUCCAAUCAUUAAAGGAUUGCAACAUUUCAAGGAAACGGGUGGUGUAAUUCUGUCCAUUUAUAGAAAUGAAGGAGGCAGAGCAUUGUUUAGAGGACUUGGACCUAAUUUGGUGGGAGUAAUUCCUGCCAGAUCCAUCAAUUUCUUCACAUACGGAAGCACGAAAGACUUCAUUCUGACAAACUUCAACAACGGGCAGGAAGCAACUUGGAUCCAUUUGGUUUCGGGUAUUAAUGCGGGCUUUGUCACUUCUACAGCAACUAAUCCAAUCUGGUUGAUCAAGACCAGACUUCAAUUGGAUAAGACUAAAGGCAAGCAUUACAAGAACUCGUGGGACUGCUUCAAGUAUAUCAUCAAGAACGAGGGGUUCUUGAGUUUAUACAAAGGUUUAAGUGCCUCAUAUUUGGGAGGUGUGGAAUCAACGUUACAAUGGGUGUUGUACGAGCAGAUGAAGUCAUUUUUGAAUAAGAAAUCUUUGGAGCUUCACGGCCACGACCAGUCCAAGAAGACCACCAAAGACCAUAUCAUGGAGUGGUGUGCGAGAUCUGGAGCAGCCGGUGCAGCCAAAUUUGUGGCGUCUCUCAUCACAUAUCCACACGAGGUGGUGAGAACGAGGUUGAGACAAGCACCAUUGGAGCUGACUGGUAAGCCCAAGUACACGGGGCUCAUCCAGUGCUUCAAGCUUGUGAUCAAGGAGGAGGGUUUAGCCAGCAUGUAUGGAGGUUUGACACCACAUUUGCUUCGUACGGUACCAAACUCCAUCAUCAUGUUUGGAACUUGGGAGAUUGUGGUGAGAUUGUUGUCGGGCAGUUAG